GUGAAGCACACCGCCAUGGUGAAGAAGCCCUCUCCUUUCCGCAAGUCAUUUAGCCCCAUCCGCCGGCUCCUCCGGCGAAACCUCUCAGGCCGGCACUACCGCCACCCAACCACAGCAACAACGGCGAAGACUACUACAUCUUCGCCGCCAGCAGAAAACCUACAAGGCCAAACGGUAAUAGUCGACGUAGAGGCGUGGCUCCUACGGUCGCGGCUAUCUACCUUCGCCUACUUCAUGCUCGUUGCCGUCGAGGCCGGCGGCUUCCUUCGCGGCCUCCUUCUCCUGCUCUCCUAUCCUUUCAUGUGUCUCCUCAGCGGCGACAUGCGGCUCAGGGCCAUGGUGAUGGUGACCUUCUUUGGGCUGCGUGAGAAGGAAGUUGCUAGGGUUGGCAAGGCAGUUCUGCCGAAGCUCUUCUUGGAAGAGAUGGCCAUGGAAGGGCUCGACGCGGUGAAGGAUGCGAGGAGGGUGGUCGCGGUGUGUACCUUGUUUCCCAGGGUGAUGGCCGAGGGGUUCUUGAAGGAGUACCUUGGUGUGGACACCGUGGUCGGAAAGGAGGUCAUGGCGGUCGCCGGCCGUUACGUCGGGUUUAUCGUAGAUGAAGCGUUAACCCUCCAGACAGAUGGAGCUCCCGUUGGGGAGGAAAUGAAGGAGAUGAUGAACAAGGGCAAGCAUGAGGAAGCGUUUGGGCUUGUCGGAACUGGCAGCAGGAUGAACCAUCUAUUUUCUUAUUACUGCAAGGAAACCUAUGCUGUGAGCGAGGCCGACAAGACGUCAUGGCAGCCACUGCCGAGGGACAAGUACCCCAAACCCUUGGUCUUCCACGACGGCCGCCUCGCCUUCACGCCGACCUUCCCGGCCGCCAUCGCCAUGUACACAUACCUCCCGUUCGGCAUCGUCCUGGCCAUUUUCCGCAGCUUAGCGUACAGCCUCCUACCCUACUGCGUCUCCAUCCCGCUCGGGGCGCUCACCGGAAUGCGCUCCCGCGUCAUCGCCGGCCCGCCCAUCGACGCCACCGAGAAAAGCAAGGCAGGCGGCCGCCUCUACGUGUGCAACCACCGCACCCUCCUGGACCCGAUCACUGUCGCGGCAUGUCUUAACAAGCCAGUUACCGCGGUCACGUACAGCGUCAGCCCCGUCUCCGAGCUGAUCGCGCCCAUCCGCACGGCGAGGCUGACCCGGGACCGGGACGAGGACCGGCGGCGCAUGGCGGCGCUACUGGCGCGCGGGGACCUCGUGGUCUGCCCCGAGGGAACCACCUGCCGGGAGCCCUACCUGCUCCGGUUCAGCCCGCUGUUCACCGAGCUCACCGCCGAGGUCACGCCCGUCGCGCUCGAGACGAACGUCGACAUGUUCUACGGCACGUCUACGAAGCCGGCGUCCAAGGUGCUCGACCCGCUGUACUUCAUGAUGAAUCCGCGGCCGGAGUACCGCGUCGAGUUCUUGGACCCGGUUCGUACUGCGACGUCGACCAACAGUCAGGAGGGCCACAACAAAAGCCAAACCAUCGAGGCGGCGAACCGAGUACAGCGUGUGCUCGGCGAGGCCCUUGCGUUCGAGCUCACCGAACAAACCAGGAAAGACAAAUACAUGAUGCUGGCCGGGAACGAAGGGGUCGUGCAAGGCAAGGUGAAGAAGUAG